AUGGAAACAUCAUCUCUUCUUCACACAUUUGUUACAGUCAUCUGUUUGAUGACAGGAUGGCUUGCCGAUUAUGGCAAUGCCCAGUUAGUGAAUUGCAAAGCAUCUGACAGAGAAACUCUUAUUGACUUCAAAAACGAACUCGUGGAUCCAAAGAACCUGCUCUCAUCAUGGGAAGGGAGCAAUUGCUGUCAAUGGUGGGGAGUAGGUUGCAACAAUUGGACAGGAGAUGUUAUUGUUGUUGAUAUCCACAACCCAGAUAAAGUUCCAGAAAGCUACCUUAGUCAUAACAUCUUUCACUCAUUCCCUCAAUGGCUUGUGAACGUCACCAGCCUCAUGUACAUUGAUCUCAGCUUUAACUCCAUUUGGGAUAGCAUUCCAGUUGGUUUUACCAAGCUGCCAAAUCUGCGGUUCUUGAAUCUUAGGGGCAACGGUCUCAUGGCCAGCACCUAUCAAUUGUUCGAGGAGAGUUGGAGCAAAAUAGAAGUUAUUCAAUUGGGAUUCAAUUUUGUGCAGGGUAAGCUACCACCUUCUAUUGGAAACAUGACAUCUCUCACUCAUCUUGCUUUGCCAGGCAAUAGUAUAGAGGGCAACAUUCCGAACUCAAUUUUCAAGCUUUGCAGUCUGGAAUAUCUUGAUUUAUCAUAUAAUAAUCUAACAGGAAGUUUACCUGAACACCUUGAAGGGACAAAGUAUUAUCUUUAUGAAAGUCCAUUGCCUCAUUUGCAGAACUUGGUGUUGACCAGAACUCGUUUGGUUGGUAUAUUACCAAAUUGGUUGGGUCAACUUCAAAAUCUUGUUCAACUAAAUUUGGAUUCCAAUUUCUUCCAUGGUUCUGUCCCUGCUGCUUUUGGGACAUUGAGACAUUUAGCUGUCCUGAUACUUAAACAGAAUGAACUGAAUGGAACUCUUCCAAAUAACUUGGGGCAGAUCUCAAACUUGUCCAUCCUAGAUGUCUCUUCCAAUCGUUUGACUGGAACACUCCCUGAUAGUUUGGGCAAGCUUUCUGAAUUGUCAUUCCUAGAUGUUUCUUCCAAUUGUCUCACUGGUAUUGUCUCUGAAUCUCAUUUUGCAAAGCUAACAAAGAUCAAAGUCCUAAGCUUUUCUUGGAAUUCUUUCAUUUUCAAAAUUAGUCCUAAUUGGGAUCCACCAUUUCAAGUUGAGUCCCUCAUGCUGUCUUCAUGUCGUUUAGGUUCAUUUCCAGGAUGGCUUAAAUCACAAAGGCAUCUUCUUGAUCUGGAUUUAUCAAAUGCUAAUAUGUCAGGCCCUAUACCCAGUUGGUUUUGGGAUAUUUCUGGCAACCUCUCUUUGUUAAACUUUUCUUCCAAUUCAUUAUGGGGUCAAUUACCAAAUAAAUUCAAAGUACAUUUUAAUGCAUUCACUGAUUUGAGUUUCAAUCUCCUUGAAGGGCCAAUUCCUCUUCCAACUAACCAAAUUAUAAUUUUAAAUCUUUCUCAUAACAAUUUUUCUGGCCCUAUCCCAGAAAAUAUUGGUGACUUGUCAUUCCUUAGCUUCUUUUCUCUUGCAAAUAACCAAAUUUCUGGUGAAAUCCCAACAUCUAUAGCAAGUGUCAUUGACCUUCCAAGGAACACUUUAACAGGAAGCAUUCCUAAGAGUAUAGGCAAUUGCCUUUACCUGGAGGUCCUUGAUCUUCAGAACAACAAUUUAUCUGGAAAAAUUCCAAGGUCUUUGGGUCAGUUAUCUGAUCUUCAAACAUUGCAUCUGAGGGACAACAUGAUCACAGGAAAACUCCCUUCGUCUUUCAAAGGUUUGUGGAGUUUGGAAACUCUGGACCUUGGAUACAAUAGAUUAAUAGGCAAAAUCCCACAAUGGCCUGGAGAUGCUUUUCCAUAUCUAAAAGUUCUUAGCUUGAGAUCCAAUGCCUUUUCAGGAAAAAUUCCUUCUGCACUUUUGAAUUUGACUUCUUUGAAAAUCCUGGAUCUAGCAGAAAAUCAGCUGAGUGGAAGCAUUCCUCCAGGAAUGAGUAAUCUCAAAGCCAUGACUCAAGAACAAAAUAUUAAGCAGGAUUUAAUUUAUGGUGGGGUGGCUGGUGUCUAUUAUGAAGAAAAUGUAAUUGUGAAUACGAAAGAAAGGACUCUUUCCUUUCUAACUUGCAUAGACCUUUCAGGGAACAAUUUUCAUGGGGAGUUCCCACAUGAAGUAACAAAAUUGGCAGGAUUGGUGGUUUUGAACUUGUCAAGGAAUCAAAUCAGUGGUCAAAUUCCCCAGAGCAUUUCAGAAUUGCAUCAGUUGGCAUCACUUGAUCUAUCAUGUAAUAUGUUUUCUGGUCCAAUUCCUUCAAGCAUCAUCUCAAUGUCCUUUCUGGAGUUCUUGAACAUGUCAUACAAUAAUUUCUUUGGAAGAAUCCCUUACGCAGGACAAAUGUCAACUUUUGAGGCGUCUUCUUUUUCCGGGAAUCCUGGACUUUGUGGUGCUCCUCUUGCUGUUGAAUGUUCUGAUUCUGGUCCACCUAUUCCAAGAAUCAAUGGUGAGAUUGAUAAUGGCGAUGGUUACAUUGUUGAUAAGUGGAUUUACCUUGCCAUUGGGCUGGGAUUUGCAGCUGGUGUGCUGAUUCCUUAUCUGCUUAUGGCAUUUAAAAGGACUUGGAGCUACAUGUACUUUGAUUCUGUGGACAAAGUUGCUGAUGCAUUAUUAUAUUUGGGUUGCAAAACAUCAGCUUGUUUUAGGAACCAUUGUUAUCAUCGACGUUAA